AAGAAGAAGAAAACAUAAUCGAAGAAGAAGAAAACAUAAUCAAAGAAAAAGAAAAAAAAUAAUAGAAAAAGAAGAAAUAAUAAAAGAUAAUGAAGUAAUAGAAGAUGAAGUAAUAGAAGAUGAAGUAAUAGAAGAUGAAGUAAUAGAAGAUGAAAUAAUAGAAGAUAAAGUAAUAGAAGAUGAAGUAAUAGAAGAAGAAGAA